AUGGGAAAUCUUAAAACACCAAUUCUUGCAAACAAAAACUAUGGUAUUUUGAAGCUCAAAGGGGUUAUAGAGAAGCUUCAAAAGAGUCUUCUGCCAGCCAAGAAAUGCGCCCCCAAAAACACAAAUCUUAGAACCGAGCCUGAAGACGUGAAAGAAGGACAUUUUGUUGUGAUAGCAGCCGAUGAGGAUGAAGAAAAGAGAUUUGUGGUUCCUUUGGCGUAUCUUGCACGUCCAUCUUUUCAGAGGUUAUUGGAGAGAGCAGCUGAGGAGUAUGGGUUUGGUAAUGAGGGUGCACUUACAGUGCCGUGUAGGCCGAGUGACCUUGAGUGGAUUUUACAUGGAGCACAUAGUGACAUGGGUUGGAGUUCAUAUGUAGCCACGGUGAAAAGUUGA